AAUAGUGUUCUGAUAUUUUCAGGAUUGUGUGGCUAAUUAGGGGUGGUGUGGUUUUACUUUCUGCAGGCAGAGGUAAUGAUUGCCUAAUGGAACUAUGGUCUUAACAGAGUGUAAAUGGGAUUUGUUUCCUUGAAUAAUUUCAUGCUUUAUAAACAUACUUUAUGCUAUAUUAACACCAUCAAUAUUUUUUUUAUACCCAUCUUGCUGGUUAACAAUUAUUAAAGAUUUUCUUAUUAUCAAACAACUAUGGACUAUAUUAGCCUCCACAGACUGAUAUCUAAACCACCAAAGGGAUGUUUGCUGUAGAAACAGCCAUGCCUUGUUCAGGCAGUAAACUUUGGAGUUAAAGAACACAUGCUUGUGAAAUGAUUUACUGCGAUAGUGAAGCAUUUUAGAGGUUUACAUUUAUGCGCGUGUGUGUGUGUGUGUGCGCGAGUCUAAAGGUGUGGCACAUAUAAAAACUGAACUCUUGUGGAAUCACCUUGUCAGAGGGUUCUAUGUUCUGUAACAAUGAAGUUCCUCCUCGUGUUGUGUUUUAGCACGCUGUUCAUUUCGCUUGUUUAUGGACAAGAUCCACCAGCACCUAACCCACAGUGCGUUGGUGUGGAUGACUACAAUAACUGUAAAACUGUUGGAGCAGAUGAUUUGAAGUGUGGUGAGAACAGUCUAUGUUUUUGUAAAGCCAAGAACCCGUAUUGUAGAUGUAAUAAUGAUGCUGGUGAAUGGUUCAUUGGUGAGGACUGCACUCAGAAAUGGACCACUGUCAAUUUUGCCUUGGUGGCAUCCCUACCUGGAGUGGGCUUAGCCAUUUUAGUGGGAGUUGCGGUCUACUUAACCAAGAAACCGUCGAAAGGCAAAAAGAACAAGAAAGGACAGACAAAUGGGGCCUUUAACCAGGAGCAAGAAGAUGACAUGUUUAAGAACAUGGUUUUUGCCUCUGACAUGCAGGGACGUCCAAACUCCAGGCCUCCACCUGAGAGCAUGAGGCCGCCCAACAGCACAGUCCCUAUGACGGCCAUGCCCAACAGCGAUUACAGGAUGCCUCCUCCUGCCGACAGGACAGGCAGGCCGUUCAACCAAUCUUACAGUCAACAAAGAAACAUCCAUCCACAAGAUCGGCCAUCUAUGGGGGGACCUCCCCCACAACCCAACAGCUAUGGCCCUGGGAUGGGGCAGGCGCUGAGUAACCCGUACGCCAAGUCGCCUCCAGGGAGAUCUCCGUACGAGGGCCAAGGUCCUCCUCAGGACUACAGCUCAGAUUACAGCCACAGACCCAAACAGCCCCCUGUGAACGGCACGAGGGUGAUGGGAGGGAACUUCUCUCCACCUCCAUCCCAGCCAUCGUUUCCCCAGCCUGACUACAACGCCCCCCAGCUCCAGAGAUCCAUGAUGAACGGGAGGUAUUGAGGACUUGCAGCAGACUGGAGAUGAUGACAU